AUGACGUCUUUUCAAAUCAUAUUCUCUAAUUCGCAUCAAGUUUAUACUCCUGGAUCAACAGUUGAAGGAACAGUUAUGAUUUUCCAAGAGCAUGAGCUAAAGGCGAAAUGUGUCCGUAUCAUACUGGAAGGCAAAGCUUUUACUAAGUGGGAAAUUGCCGAGAAGACACCUGAUGCCCACAGCCGUGGUAUGAAGGUGCCGUACUCUGGCAGUGUUUCUUAUUUGAAUAAUCAAACAGUCGUCUGGGAACAUGAUGGAGUUGGUCACAGAGCUUUAACUAUCGGCCAACACAUAUUCGAUUUUCGUUUCGAAUUACCUAUUUUACCCCGUUUACCCCCAAGUUUUGAAGGAACAUUCGGAGCAAUUCGCUAUUCAAUCACAGCUCUAAUUGAACGACCAUGGAAAACAAAUAAAAGUUAUACAGAGUUCUUCACUCUUGCUCCAGCUUUCGAUUUAAACACUGUCCCAGAUGCCCGAGAUGUUGUUUUGAUCACACGCACCAAAAACACUGGUUUCGUGUUUUUUCGGCAUGGGAAAAUAAUUAUGCAAUGCAAGCUAGCCAAGACAGGAUAUGUGUCGGGUGAAUUGAUUGAGUUAGAUGUAAAUAUAGAAAAUAAGACCAAUCGGCCGAUCUUCAAAAUAGAAGCAAAAGUUAUAGAGAAGACAACCUAUGUAGCCUAUAGAUAUGGAGCUGAAAGCACGAGAUGGCAUGGGGAUCUGUAUGAUACAGAAACGCUGGGCUACAAUAAUAUCACAGUCGAUGACCGGAAAAUGUUUGUACAAGAAGAGGAUGUCGAAAUCGCUGCUCAAAGUACGAAAACUCAUAAAUUCUACAUGCAGAUUCCUUGCUUAGUGCCAUCAUUCAAUACUUGUCGCUUAAUUCACGUUAGUCAUUUGAUAGAGAUAAAAGUUACUUGUAAGGGCACGAUCAAUAACACAGCAAGAUGCCACUGUCCAAUUAUAAUUGGUACGAUUCCAUUAGUAGGUUGUGGACCAAUACAAUCAAUAUCCUUGUCGGACGAUGAAACGCCUGUUCCUCUAGUGCCUACAUUUGAAGAGUGUGUGUCUCCCGAAGUGACUAAUAGGCAGAAAUCAAUGGACUUCCAAACAAAUUUCCGCCCAAGGUUCCCGUUUUACGGAACUCUAAUUAGCCCUCCGGAAGACGAAGAGUACUUUAAUGAUACUUAG